AUGACUAGCGAUAUCACCCCUGUUCCUGCACCAUGGAAGCUCAAGGGUGACGUCUACCUCUUCAGCUUCUGGGUGCCCAGGAAGCAGGCAGAACACCCUCCGACAAUUACGUACUCUCCUCUAGAGGCGAACUCGUCAUUCAUACGCCCUGAAGGAAGCCGCCCUCUUGGGGGAAUCAGCAUGAUUCAAAUCAUCCGUUACACCGAAAGUCCGGUCGGUCCCUAUGAUGAACUGAUCUUGAGCCCGGGGUUUCAUGAGUACACAAUCGAGGAGAAUGGCAGGCGCAUCAAAAAGAAGAAUGCGAGAAUCACAAGGAUAUACGUCUCACAAAAGUAUACGUGCUGGAAUGGGCGAAAGAAUUGGAACAUUCCCAAACAUCUAGCGACCUUCGACUGGAAGACAAAUUCGGAUGGUAGCACCAGCGUAAAGGUUUUCCCUCACGACACGUCUGGUGACUUGAAGGAAUCUUCGGCAAGCACCACGCCUCUCUUCCAAGCCACCUUCAAGCCGAUCCCCUAUGUGCCUUCAGUUCCCCUCUCACUAGACAUCUUGAAAUAUGUCGGUAUUGAUGCAACGCUCGUUCAACCUCCACUCCCCGAAGGGAAAGGUAGCCAGGGCGAACUACCAGGGACCGAUCGCUGGUGCAGCAUUGCGCCUGGCCAAAGUUCGAAGAAGGCGAGCCUGGGUUGGUUUGACAUCCGACAGGUGGAUGAAAAGGGCGAUUUCAUCGGCGAACACGAGAACUUUUGGCCUGGUCUUGGAAGGUGGCAGAUUGGGAUAAAGAUGGAAGAUUCAACUGUCUCCUUUCCUGAACCGAAACAUUGGGAUGCGCCCAAGUCAGUAUUGUAA